AUGAAAAAUAUGAAAAAUACGGAUAAAGAAUAUAAGCUUAAAUGUGAUAUAAAAGAUAAAAACAACUACAGCUAUUUCGAAAGAGAGAGAAAAUAUAAAAAAGAAAUAUGCACAAAUAAUUUUUGCGAAAUAGUGUCAUCAGAUGAUAGUGAUGAAAAGCUUGACGAAAAUAACAAUAAUUUUAUAAUUGUUGAACUUAUUUCUUAUAUUUGUGGAAACUCAAAAAUUAUUUCAUUCUAUCCAAGUACAAAUAAUAAUAAUUCUGGACAAAAUAAAUAUCUGUAUCAUUUUUAUAAAAAAAAAAAAGUCAAGUUGUAUUUAUGCUUAAAUAAAGAAAAUAAUGAAAUAUAUAUAUAUGAAGUUCAGUGUAAAUUCACCAAAAAAAAGGAUUAUCAUAAUGAACAAGAUAAAGCGAAAGGAAACGCCAAUUCGUGCAAAUCAAAUAAACACAUAAGCGAAAUUGAUGGGAAAAUUAAAACAGAAAGUAAAAAUAACAGCAAUAACGAUAGCAGUAACAGUGGAAGUAGCAAUAACGAUGACGCAUUUAAUAAUGAAGGCAGUAAACCUAGUUGCAAUUUUUUAUCAUCACUCAAAGACCCUAAAGUUAUCAAUAAAUUAACAGAACAUAAAAUAAAAAAAGAAGAACAAGAAGAAGAACAAGAAAAAGAACAAGAAAAAGAACAAGAAAAAGAACAAAAAGAAGAACAAGAAGAAGAACAAGAAGAACAAGAAAAAAAAAAAAAAAGAAACCAAAGUACAAAUGCAUCAAAAAAGAUUUUUAUUACAAAAUUAUUUGAUAGUGUAAAUUGUAGUUAUGAUUUGUCAACAAUUGAAUAUACCAAAUUAAAUAAUACUGAUGACAAAACCUUAAAUUCGCUGAAAAAUAUUUUAGAGCAAAAAAUUAAUAAAAGUCAAGAAAGAAUAUUUGAAAUGCGGAAGGAAGUAGUAACAGGAGAGAAGAUGGAGGUGCAUAUUGAUAUAGAAAAAAGUAAAAUUAAGCAAAAUGAUAUGAAUAAAAAUAAUUAUACAUACAAUGAUAACUACAAUACGCAACAAUUUUUCAAAGAAAGUGAUAGCGCUUUUUACGAAAAAAUUAACGUGCAGGAAAAAAAUAUGACUUAUUCAGAAAAUUAUGACAACGACAUCAUUAUGACACAAAAUGAAAGGGGAAGAAAUACUAACUCUAAAAAUGAUAACGAAAUAAAAAUCCUAUUUCUCCAUUUUCAUGAGCCCGCAAAUAUAUUUAUGAACCAGUUUGCCAUUAUUGAUCAAGGUAAAGAAGAAAAUUUCAUGAAACAAAUAACGGGAUUUUUGAAUGAUAAAAAAUACCAGUACAUAGAAAGGGAGUACACAAAUAUGAAAAGAAGAAACAAAUAUAAAUCAAUUCUUCGAAAGAUAAAAAAUGAGAUGUUUACAUAUAGCUUUUUAGAAAAUUAUGAAAGUGAUAUAAGCAUAUGUAGCAACGACCUAUUCUUCAGUGACACAGAAGUUGUAACAAGAGAAAAUAACUUUGACAUGAAAGAAGAAAAAAAAAAAAAAAAAAAUUCUACUCCAUUCACAAGAAACAAUUUAAAAAUCAAAUGGCUAGUAUUAAAUUUAAAUUUAAAAAAUGGAGAAGAAAGUAUGAUACAGAAAUAUGUUUUGUGCAAAAAAGCAAAUGCUCAAAAAUUAUCCAAGGAAAUUUUUCAUUUUAACAACAGUCAUAACAUACUCAACGAAAACAGAAAAAGUAAUGGAGUAGGAAGGGAGAAAGAAAGAUGUGAUAGUAUAAAGAAUAGCACUAUAUUAAAAAUACAGAAUAACCAAAAAGAUGUGAAGCAAUCCUAUUAUCAUACUAACAAUAAACAAAGGAGUAGUAACUAUCCAUUCGUUAAUAGUGGAGGCAUAUCAUCUUAUCAAAAUGAAAAUAUAUUAAAAGAUAAACGAAAAAAUUAUGAUAAUCAUUUAAUUUUUAAAUUUCAGCAAGAAAAAGAUACAACGAAAAAAAUAAAAAUACAAAAUGAGAAUAGUGAAGAACAGAUGAUAAUAAAGCGAAAUAAAAUAUUAAGAGAAGAAAAUAAAGAAAAUUUCGCGGGUGAACUCAAUAAUUUCGAAAUGAACAAACAUUUUAAUUAUGACAAAGAAAAGGAAAUAAGAAAAAGUUCAAUCAUAUCAAACGAAAAGGGAAAUUUAUCAGAAGAUAUAAUAAAAAACGAAAAUUCACAUAAUGUAAUAAAAUCAAAUGAUAAUAUUAACAUGCACAGUGCAUGUAGUAACACAUUUCAAGAAAAUUGCCAAUUAAAUACUUGUUGUUCCUAUUCGGAUUUAGAAAAAACAUCACGUAAAUAUUGCAAUACUGAGAUAUGUGCAAAUGAUGAAGAAGAGUUAACAUACACUAAAAAAAGAAGAAUUCAUAAUGCUGAAAAAUAUGACGAAUUGCAAAAUAACAACAAAGAUAUUGUGUUUGAAAAUUAUAGAAAUGGCAGAAAUUAUAUUAUUCGCUCUUCCCACACAGGGAAUAGCGAAUAUGAACUGGUUAAUUAUGAAAAAGGAAGAGAAAAUAAUGGCAAUAACGGUGAUAAUUGUAGUAAUAAUAGUAUUAUAGGCAAAGACACCAACAGUAGUAACGGUGCCAAGUGCAGCAGUAGUAACAGCAGCAUGAAAAGCAUCGGCAAAAGAAGUAAUAAUCGUUACAGUUGUGAUAGUCGAAACAGCUGCAUCUCCAAUGACUGUUAUGAUAUAGGACAUAAAAACGAAAAGGGUAUGGUGCAUAAUAAAUACUGUAACCCGAAUAGGAACAACCAUAUUGAAGUAGACCAGGCUCACAUGAACAAUAAUACUUAUACUUCUGUCGAAGAAAUAUUCGUGGAAAAUGACUUCAUAGCAGAAGCGCAUGCGCGCAAGAAGGUAGAAGGUGCCAACCCCGUGGGUGAGUUAAUUAAUGAAAGCAGUCGCAUGAAUGCGCGUACCAGUGCCAGUGGCUUUGACAACGGAGGUCAUAACAACAGUGAAGGCGGUAGCAAAAGUGACCACGUGAGUAACAGUCUCACUGACUGCAGUAAUCGCAGUAAUCGCAGUAAUCGCAGUAAUAGCAGUAAUCGCAGUAAUCGCAGUAAUAGAAGUAAUAGCUGUAAUAGCAGUAAUAGCUGUAAUAGCUGUAAUAGCAGUAAUAGCUGUAAUAGCAGUAAUCGCAGUAAUAGCUGUAAUAGCAGUAAUCGCAGUAAUCGAAGUAAUCGCAGUAAUCGCAGUAAUCGCAGUAAUAGCUGUAAUAGCAGUAAUCGCAGUAAUAGCAGUAAUAGCAGUAAUCGCAGUAAACAUAGUAGCCUCCGUAACCGCAGUAACCGACGUAUCCUCUGUAAUAGUAACGGGCUGAAUGACGCAUGCAGUAUGGGAAGGGGUCAUGUAGGGGAUUAUAUGUCAAAACUGAGGAGUAAUAGAAACAAAAAGAAAAAUGAAGGCAAGUUAAGGAAUGAAAUAGAUAAUUCUUUGUUCUUAAAAUAUAAAGUGAAUAAUAUGUUUGAUAUCAUAAAAAUAAUAUACUGUAAUUGCAAAAAUUUCAAGUACACAGAUAAAUUAAAAUAUUACAUUACUACGUUUCUUAAUUAUUCCAUAAUUGAAAAAACGAAAUUACAAUUUAUGCAAAAAGAGAGAACAAUAGAUAUAGAAAUACUAAAAUAUUAUAUAUAUAAGAAAAUAUUAGAAAAGAAAAAUGUAUGGAAAUUAAAUAAUUAUAAAAUAGAUGAUUAUAAUAUAUUUCGUUUGAACAAAUCUAAAUAUAUUGACGAUUCUAUUAUUGAUUUUUUUAAUAAUUAUAUAUAUUCAUUUGUUCUCAAAUUUGAUAAAAAUAAAAAUGAUAUAUAUAUCUUUAAUACAUUCUUUUAUAAAAAAAUUGAAUUGUAUGAUGAUAUUUUUAAAGCAUAUAUUAACACAAAUAGAUGGAUCAAAAAAUUAAGUAAAAAAAUAUAUGAAUAUAAGUAUGUUUUCAUUCCUAUAAAUAUUGGUAAUACUCACUGGUCCCUCGUUCUGCUUUAUUUCCCUUUCAACAACAAUUCACAGGAAAGUGAAGCUGGACAGGGGGAAUCAAGAGAAGAAGUGAAAGAAGUAGUGGUACGAAAUGAAGAAGUGGUACGAAAUGAAGAAGUGGUACGAAAUGAAGAAGUGGUACGAGAUGAUGUAGUGGUACGAGAUGAAGAAGUGAUACGAGAUGAAGAAGUGAUACGAGAUGAUGUAGUGGUACAAGAUGAUGUAGUGGUACAAGAUGAUGUAGUGAUACAAGAUGAUGUAGUGGUAAGGGACGGAUGGAAAGACGACGCGCAUGGAUGGGAAAGAAAAAGAAGCCAAAACACAAAGGAUCCCCAAAGAAGUGGAAAAGUAGCUGCAAUAAAUAGAAAUCAACAUUGCAAAGACAAACUUAACAUUUUUGCUAAUAAAUUUAGAAGCAAAUCAAAUGAUUCUUAUUUUCUGAAUACAACUAUUUUUAAAAGCAAUAGAUAUAAGAACAGUAUUGUUUUGAAAAACCAUUUAUAUUUUCUAAGUAGCAAAAGUAAUGAUGAUAGAACAAAAAAGUGGUGUUUUGAUAAAUUACCUCGAAGCUCAAGUGACGCAGGUGAAUAUAGCGCUCCUUUAUGCCCAAUAAAGGAGGAAGUUUCUAACAGAUGCUUCAGUCAUAAUAACAAUUGCACUGAUUAUCGUAAUGACAAUCGCAAUGAUUAUCGUAAUGACAAUCGCAAUGAUAAUCGUAAUGACAAUCGCAAUGACAAUCGCAAUGAUAAUCGUAAUGACAAUCGCAAUGAUAAUCGUAAUAACAACCACAAUCACAGUAACCCUCGCAGUAAAACUGUUCAUUUUAAUAAAACAAAAAAAAAAAUUGAGGAAAAAAAAAAUGAAAAUAUCAAAACAGCUUAUAUGAUAUAUCUAGAUUCCUUAUUCCCAUCGGCCAAAGGAAAUAAAAUUUUGCAAAAAUUAAAAAAAUAUAUAGAGCAUAUAUUCUUACGUGAUCAUAUGACAACAGUCAAAUCAGAAAUGAAAAAUGGCAAAGCAGUUCCGACUAAUGCCACUUGCAGUACAUCAUCAACUCGUGUAUCCACCGCGCACAUUGCGGCUAUUCAUACUUCCUCUGCGCACACUGCGGCUACUCAUACAUCCACUGCGCACACUGCGGCUACUCAUACAUCCACUGCACACACUGCGGCUAUUCAUACAUCCACUGCGCACACUGCGGCUACUCAUACAUCCACUGCUUCUACCUCCGCUGCUAACACCUCUAGCGAUAUUCCCAAAAUAUAUUUCAAAUUCGUUUACCCGAAUAUUAUUCCCAAGCAGAACAACACAUAUGACUGCGGGAUCUAUAUCAUUCAGUUUGUUUUGCAUCUAUGCUUAAAUAAGCAUCUAGUUGAAAAUGAUUUAAUCAAACCAUAUAAAGAACAAAUCAAGGGAAGAAUGAAAAACGAGAAAACCCAUUUUAAUUUUUCUAACCACUGUCGUGAUAACAAUUUUGUUUACUCAAAAACAUAUAUGAGUAAACCAUCCCCAUGGUUUUGCCAAAAGGACAUAAACAAAAAAAGAAAGCAAAUGAAGAAAAUGCUCUUAUAUAUGAAGAAUGUUAUAAACUGGAAGUCAGACAACCAUAUUGAGGCCUUGAAUUUGCUAUUUUUAAUGAACUAUAACAAUUAA